UUGCUAUUAUCUCCAUCUACAUUUGACACAUGACAAUUGAGAGAUAGCGUCCGUUGACAGGUUCGAAGGAGGACGGGACGAAAUUUUGAAAGUACUUCGAUUGUCGUGUGUUUCUCUCUGAUACCGUAGAGCUAUCAAAUGCCACUUGAAGCGGAUGCCAUGAAGUGAGCUUCAGUUCUGCUUUUGUGUCUGUGGCUAUUACUUCUCCAAGAAACUGGUAUUAUGUAUAGGCUUUUGGUCAAAGAUUUUGUAAACCAAACUAUGGCGCAAGAUGGGAUUGCGACGUCCGAGGCUCUGAAGUACUUUCUUAAUGGAGGACUUUCAAUCGCUCUGGUACUGUUGGGAGGGUUAUUUGCUGGCUUGACGCUGGCAUUCAUGAGUCAAGAUAAAGUCUAUCUCCAAGCCAUUGCGAAAUCUGGAACCGGAAAGGAGAGACAGAAUGCUCAGAAAGUCUUGGACAUCCUUCAACGUGGAAGACAUUGGGUUUUGGUUUCUCUUUUGUUAGGAAAUGUCAUCGCGAAUGAAACUUUACCAAUUGUCCUGGAUCGUGACAUAAAGGGUGGAUUGUUUGCUGUUCUAGCUUCCUCAGUACUGAUUAUGAUUUUUGGAGAGAUCAUCCCCCAGAGUAUAUGUGCCAAGUACGGAUUAACUAUUGGAGCCUGUUCAUCGAGAUAUGUGCUAUGGGUGAUGUAUGGACUAUUUCCAGUGGCAUAUCCCAUUGCCGAACUCCUUGAUCGCCUGCUAGGAGCAAACCAUGGUCUUGUCUUCAACAGAGCUGGGCUAAAGACACUAGUCAUGCUCCACGAAGGCCUGAAUUUGUCACGGGGGUUUCGGAGACCGAGGUUGGGCACGGGGGUUUGGGUGCUUAAUGUUAGGUAUUUGGAGGGGGUGGAGGUGGAGAAGUUGGAGGUGAAGAGGGUGUUUGGGAGUCAGUUGUCUACGGUUAGUGUUGGGGGGGGGUGA